GACACGACCACAUAUACAUACUGUGGUAGUGCUGUGAGCGUGGUCGGCGCAAUUCCUCUCUUUAAUUGCAGCUCUUGCGACGACCAGCAUUCCUCGCUUGGAUCUCGCUCCCCCACCUGUGCAUCGACAUUCAUACUCGGCCGAUUCCACACCGCACUACAUACUCGAGAUCACCGCCGAGUAGCCCCACUGCGCUGCGCAGUCACAGUGCAUACGCGACCAACGACGCCGCUGGCAGGUCUGCAGCCACCAUGGACACCAGCUACCUCGCUCAGCAGGUCACCACCAUCAUCGGCCAGCUGCACGGCCUCUUCGAUGAGAUAGGAGUCCCCAGCCACGAGCGUGAUUCGCGCGAAGCAGAGCUCUUCUCUGCGCUCUCAGACACCCUCCAUGGCCAGCUGCGCACUGUCACCAACGAGAAGCACGAGAUGACCGAAGAGGCGCACGGCCUGAUCAAGACAAUCAAGCAGAUGGAGGCUUCCCUAAACGACAACAAGACAAGCCCCAAGUACAAGAACGACGAGCCACAGGUCACCUACCCAUUGACGCGGUGUCUGAAGGCGCUAAAGGAGAAGUACAACGCAGUCGCCAAGCAGCACCAGGAGCGCUUCGAGCAAGUUCGGAAACUUGCUGAGGCUCUCGAGUCGUACGCAUCGCACCUCGAGUCCGACUUCGUUACCAUCAAGCUGCCACCGACCGCGCCAGAUGCGACCGUUUCGCCCUCGUUCGACAUCUCCUCCUCCUACGUAACCAGGCUCGACAACGAGUUUACCCGCGUAUACGAAGAAUACACAAAGCGCCUGAACCAGGUUCAAGUCGUGUGCCAGGACAUCAUCCAGCUUUGGGCUGAACUGGGAACGCCACAGGCGCAGACAGACUCGGCGAUAGUCAAGUACCACCGCGAUGCGCCGGAGCAAUUGGGCUUGCACAAGGAGGACUUGGCCGAACUGAAGGUGAAGAAAGACCGCCUGAUCGAGGAGAAGCGCGGACGCGAACGACGAAUUGCUCAGCUACGAGCGACCGUCGAAGAGCUCUGGGAGCGCCUCAGCGUAGAUCCCAACGAGCAGAAACACUUCCUUGCCAGUAACCGCGGCUGCGGCCUGCGGACGAUCAAUGAGUUUGAAGACGAGCUCUCGAGGCUGAACGAGCUCAAGCGCCAGAAUCUGCACAUCUUUGUGGAAGAGGCGCGUAUCAAACUACAAGAGCUAUGGGAUGCGUUGUACUUCUCGGAGGAGGAGAUGCUUGACUUCACACCCGCUUUCUCCGAUGUCUGUAGCGACGCGCUUCUAUCGGCACACGAGGCGGAGAUCUCGCGACUUGAAUCGCUCAAGGAGCAACGAUUACCCAUCCUUUCGAAGAUCGACCGACACCGUGAGCUGAUCAAGGAGCGCACUGAGCUUCAACAGUCCAGCCAGGAUGCCUCUCGACUAAUGGGCCGUGGUCAGAAAGGCGAGAAGCGAGAUCCUGGAAAGCUGCUGCGCGAAGAGAAGAUGCGUAAACGCAUCGCAAAGGAGCUGCCCAAGGUCGAGGCGGAUCUCAAAGCAACCCUCGAGGGCUACGAGGGUGAAUGGGGUCGGCCAUUCCUUGUCCAUGGCGAACGCUAUCUGGAUGAGCUGUACGCUGCUGCACAAAAGGCACCUCCACCACGGGCGAAAACUCCAUCAAACAUGAGCAUGCCCUCGAAACAAGGAACACUCACCAAGUCCAACUCUAUCGCUCGCGCUCGAGCUGGCACUAUCCAUGGACAAGCAAUUCAUGGACAAGCAACUCAAGGACAAGCAACUCAAGGACAAGCAACUCAAGGACAAGCAAACCACCGACAGACACUCAACGAGCCACCCAGUCGAGCUAAGACACCUGUAUCGAACAACUUUGGCGCAAGCACGAUGCGCGGCAAUCCUUUCGCGCAGUCUGUCUCUGCAGCAUCUGGCGCGAAGAGCCCCUCCAAGCUCCCAACCCGUGCACUACAGAAAACAACGGGCUCACCUGAGCGACGACCUGGCACCCUCUGCCGGACUGACUCUACGCUGUCCCGAGCCGAGUCGACUUACUCUACUCAUUCUCGGGGCGACUCUAUGCACUCUACGACAUCUUCCAUGCACUCACAAGCAGACUCACAGUCAUCGACACUGCGAAGGAUGGGUCCUCCCAUAGCACCGCCUCCACGGAUGAAAGACCUCUUUAUCCCACCAGAGCCUACUGAGACGCCCAAGAACCGCUUCGAAUUCCACCGCGGAGAACGCAGCGAAAGUAUCGUACGUAGCAUACCGCCAGAGGACCCCUACGAUGACCGAUUUAGUCAAACGAUGCGACCUGGCUACCCUGCGUCAUACGCACAUGCGCCGACUCCAUCGCUCUCAUCGAACAGCAGCCGGCAUAUUUCGCAAGCGUCUUCAACAGGCUCCGGUCAGGCAGGGUCGGAAAAUUGGGAGACCUUCAGCGAACAGUCUGAUGAUGCGCCUGAGAGUGACGUUGACUUCCAGAACUACCGCCGUAGUCAGAUCAAGCGUGCCACACCUGACCAUGCCUCUACACCGCGGGCUAUCCAGGGCAAGAAGAUCAGGGGCAUCCGCAAUGUCGACGGCGGCAGCAUGAUGAUGGACCAGGACGGCCGUAUGGUCCGUUGCAGUGAUGCUGGCUGGACCGACGAUGGCAGCGUUUACUGAGGUGAUGGUGGCUUCAGACUACCUUCGACUUGCCACAGCAAUUUCUUCUGCACCCCUAGCCGCGUACACCACCGUGUGCGACCACCAUUCUAAGCAGCCAACGCGACCACAUGUUGGCCACACGGCAUCUUUGUUCGACG